CUAGUCCCGCCUCCUCCCGACGGCCCUGUCCAGACAGAGACAGACAGAAUCUCUUAGUGGUUUGGUGUUUGCGGGAGCAGAGGCCGUGGAACCGGGCCUACUGUCGGUAUAAACAUGCCAUUUCCCAAAAUGAAAGGACUUUCCUGGAGUGAAGUGAUGUACCCCGAGGGCACAGGCUGGUAGGUGAGAAAGAGUAGAAACAGAAGUGUCUAGAAGGAGCAGGUCCUGAUUUGGUCCACCAGAAGCAGUUCUUGAUCCCCGGGGGAAGCCUGAGUCAGACUCGGGGAUGUCACCACACCCAGAAGCCAUCACAGACUGUGUGAUGGUGGAUACUGUGGACCAACUUGCAGAAGGUGGUAUGUGGGGUUGAGAGGGAUGGGUGUCUGCCAGGCUACGCAGGAAAGGGCACCUGACUGGAUGGCUGGUGAGGACUGAUGUCCCAGGAAGGUGUAAGCAGGCAGAGCUGACGAAAUCCUAAACAGCACCUUGUUUCCUUUGUUCUGCCCUCACUCUUUCCAGAUGGACACACCAUGUCCAUCACCUCAUGUGGUAUCUAGAGUUAUGCUGAUGCUCCCUUUUUCCUGAACACAGAGUUAACAGGAUGUGAGUAGAAGAAGGGUUUUCUGUGUUGGGCACAUAGGGAAGCCCCAAAAUACUGGGCCUGAAAUGAAUGAUUUUUGUAGAGUCACCCCAGGCUGAACCCAACAAUCAGCACAGGCCUGUUUAUUCUCACAGGUAAGUUCCAGACAUAUCUUAUCAACAGAUGUUUUUUAGAAACCGCAACCAAUUUAGAACAAAGAGUUACACAAUAUAAUUCUUGCAUAAAGUAUCCCAUCUUUAUUUUGAUUUCUGGGGAAACUCUUAACUCAAGGUGUAAAGACAAUAAGAACUUGAUGAACAAUCCAGCCAGAGUUGUGUCUUGACAUCAGUUUUAAUGAAGGUAGGGGGACCUCUCGUGGACCUGAAUUUGUUUAACCAAUUCUGUUUUACUUACAUAUUUCAUUUUCGUUUGUUUGUUUGUUUUAAUUAGUCAGAAGGGGGCAUCAAUUUUGAAUUCUUUGAUAAAAACCAGUUGACCUCACUCGGUGAAAAAGCCCAUGUACUCAUAUCAGAGAUGCACGUGAUCAGGUGGUGCUGCUUCUUCCUGCGCCUUCUCCAGAAUGUCAGAGGGCCGUGCUCCCACAGGGAGGCUUUUGCUCCAGUUGGUGUUAGGAGAUUUGUAGGCAGGUGAAUAUAGGAGUUGUAAGGAAGACCAGGUUUCUCAUGACCCCAUUUCACUUUCCUCCUUCCUAGUGGAACCUUCAUUUUUUUUACCUUCUUCCAGGAGCAGCAGAAAAUGAACAUAGCUCAGGGAUCCCUGUCAUUCGAAGACGUGACUGUGGAGUUCACCCAGGAGGAGUGGCCGUACCUGGGCCCUGCUCAGAGGGCCCUCUACAGAGAUGUGAUGCUGGAGAACUACAGCCACCUGGUCUCCGUGGGGUAUUGCAUUACCAAACCCCAGGUGAUCUUCAAGUUGGAGCAAGAGGAAGAGCCCUGGUCCUUAGGGGAAGAAUUCCUAAACCAGAGGUACCCAGGAUAUUACAAAGUUGACAUCCACAUUACGAGGAACCAGGAAAAACAAGAGAAACUUUUGUGGCAAGUAAUAGUCAGUGACAACAAAACAUUGAGUAAAGAAGAGCAGAAAGUUAUAGCAAAACCAGUUAAUCUGGAUAUAACUCCAGAAUUUCCACAAAAAAUGUCCUCUCAGAGUGGUCUAACAGAAGAGGAAUCCUAUCAGGAUGAUGAAUUUAGGAAAAACUGUGAUAAAGCAACUGUGUUGAACCAAAUGAGAACUGGCACAAGAGAGAAGUGCUUUGAUAUUAAUGAAUGUGGGAGAUCGUGUCACAAAACCACCAUUGUGGAAUUCAAUAAAGUUAGCAGCGUUACAACAAACUAUGAAUGUAAUGAAAGUGAAAAUAACUUCAACAGCAAUUCACCCUGCACUCCACCUCAGCUAGCAAUUACAAAACAGCAAGCUUUUGAAAGGAGUAAAUGUGAAGAAAACUUGAGCCAAAACUUAUCCCAUCUAGUACAUCAGAAGAUACAAAGUGGAGAUAAGUUCUGUGUUUUUCAUAGAGGUGCAAAUGACUUCUCCCAGGAAUUACACCAUACAAUGCAUCAGAUAACUCAGACAAAAGAGAAAGUCUACAAGAGUGGUAAAUAUGGGGAAUGCUUGUAUCAAAACUCACUUCUCUGUGUACAUCAGGAAAGUGACCCAGGAGAGAAGUCAUUAGAAAGUAAUGAAUGCAGGAAAUCCUUUUACGAGAAAGCAUACCUCAUUCAGCAUCAGAGGACCUGCUCAGGAGAGAAAACGUGUGAAUAUGAGGAAAGCAGGAAAUCCUUUUGUUCAAAUUUACACACUAUUCACUAUCCUGAUACUCAUAUGGGGGUCAAUCUCUGUGAAUGUAAUGAAUGUAGGAAAACUUUCUAUCAGACAUCAAAUGCCAGUGAACAUCUGACAAUUCACAGAAGGAAGAAAAUUUAUGAUAACAAUGAAUCUGGGAAAUCAUACAAGAAACCUGCCCUCUUAGUACACCAGACAACAGACACAGAAAUGAAACCCUAUCAAAGUAAUAAAUAUGGGAAAUCAUUCUUCAAGAUGGCACAGCUCAAAGAACAUCAGAGAAUUCACACAGGAAAUAAACCCUAUGACUGUAAUGAAUGUGGGAAACCUUUUCCUCACAAUUCAACUCUCAGAGUACACCAGAGAUUUCACACAGGUGUAAAAUCCAAUGUGUGUAAUGAGUAUGGGAAAACUUUCUCCAAAAAGUCAAACUUUACUGCACAGCAGAGAAUUCACACAGGGCAGAAACCUUAUAUGUGUAAUGACUGUGGGAGAUCUUGCUCCUGUAAUUCAACCCUUAGAAUUCCUACAGGGGAGAAAUCAUAUGAAUGUCAUGACUGUAAGAAGACUUUUGCGUAUAAUUCAGCCUUCAGAGCACAUCAGAAAACUCACACUGGGGAGAAACUCUAUCAAUGUAAUGAAUGUGGGAAAACUUUUUCCCAAAAGUCACACCUCAGUGCACAUCACAGAAUUCAUACAGGUGAAAAACCCUAUGAAUGUAGUGAAUGUGGGAAAACCUUUUCUCAGAAAUCAAACCUCAGUGGACAUGAGAGAAUUCACAAAGGGGAAAAACCUUAUGAAUGUAAGGAAUGUGGGAAAACCUUUGUCUUUAAAGCAGCCCUCAUAGUCCAUCAAAGAAUUCACACAGGAGAGAAACCCUAUGAAUGUAGUGAAUGUGGGAAAACUUUCUCCCGGAAGUCAUAUGUCAGUGCACAUCAGAGAAUUCACACAGGGGAGAAACCCUAUGAAUGUAGUGACUGUGGGAGAACUUUUGCCUCCAAUUCAGCCUUCAGGGUACACCAGAGAAGUCACACAGGGGAGAAACCCUAUGAAUGUAGUGACUGUGGGAAAACGUUUUACAUGAUAUCACACCUUAGAGCACAUACAAGGACUCACACAGGAGAGAGACCCUAUGAAUGUAGUAUAUGUGGGAAACCUUUUGCCCUUAAAUCAAAACUCAGAAUACAUCAGAGAAUUCACACAGGAGAGAAACCCUAUGAAUGUACUGAAUGUGGGAAAGCUUUCUCCCGGAAGUCAAAUGCCACUGCACAUCAGAGAAUUCACACAGGAGAGAAACCCUAUGGAUGUAAUGAAUGUGGGAAAACUUUUGUCCGUAAGACAGCACUUAGAGUACACCACAACAGAAUGCACAGCGGAGAGAAACCCUAUGAAUGUAAUGAAUGUGGGAAAACCAUUGUCUACAAAGCAGCCCUCAUAGUCCAUCAAAGAAUUCACACAAGAGAGAAACCCUAUAAAGGUAAUGACUGUGGGAAAACUUUUGCAGACAGUUCAUCCCUCCGGGCACAUCAGAUAAUUCACACGGGAGAAACCCUGUGCAUAUAAUGAAUGCAGGAAAUUUUUUGUCCCUAAGGCAGCCCUUAGAGCACAUCACAACAGAAUGCACAGAAGACAAAAUCUUUGCGUGUAAUGAAUCUGGAAUGUCCUUUAAGAACUCAUACAACACAGUGGAGAAUCUCAUGACACAUAGACUGGCAAAUUGUUUCCUUUAAGUAUUUGUUUUUGUGCUAGGCACAUAGCUUGUCUGAAUUUCCCAGUACAGUAGUGAAAUACGAUACUAUUACAUUUAAGCUAAGUGUGGCCUUAAAAAGUCUCCUUAUAUUGUUCAUGUCUGUGUUAUACUGGAAUGGAGAAAUUUCCAUGGAAGACGUGUGUGCUGUGUUUUGAACAUAGAAUAUAAGGUUAAAGAAGCUAGAGUCUGAAUAAUUGGUUGAAUCAGAAUUCCCUCCUAAUUUUUUAAUUCCCCUCUGGCUUUUUUUAAGCCAGAAUUAAAUUUGUACUCUGUUGAGCUUUUACAGAUUUCGGUCUCUUGGUUAAAUGUAUAUAGUUUAGGAAACUCACUGUUAGAAUGGGAUGAAAUGCUGUAAAUACAAUAAAUGUAAGAAGACCUAUCAGAGUUCAACCUAUCAUUCUACAUCAGAGAUUUCACAUGAGGAAGAAAACUUCUGUCAAUGUCCUGAAUAAUCAGAAGACUUCAUUAAAAAUCAUAGAAAUCUUAGGGAACAACACAAAUGUCUUUACCACCAACUGAACUUCAUUAAACAUGAAAUAAUUAAGAUUAGACUAAAAUCUUGUAUUUUGAUAACUAAUUUUUGAACACAUACUGAGUUUGCAUCAGAUAAUUUUUUCUGAGGAAAUGUAUCACUUUCAAAAUUGAAGAUAAAUUCUUGGCAGAAAAACAGACACACAGACAAAUGGAAUAGAAUUGAAAACCCAGAGAUAAACCCACAUAAAUAUGGACAGAUAAGUUUCGAAGCCAAAAACAAUGGAGAAAAGACAGCCUCUU